CAAGCAACAGACUGUUGGAGAAUGAAAUGGAGAAUGCAGUUCUCCAAACAACGAUUGAGAAUGGUUAGAAUUCCGGCGGUGAAAGCUGAAACGAAUACUUUUUCAACUUUUCGAUUUAAUAAUAAUCGUCCAAUUCGAAGAAAGCGUGUGAUCAUGCAACAGUGAUGACGCUUCCUCUUGUAAUUUCAGGAUUUUGUUGCUUCGAAUUGAAGAUUCUCGACUUCUAGGGUUUCACUAUAAAGUUUAACCCGGCAAUGGAUUGGCUUAGCAGGAUUUUCGAAGGGUCGAACCGUGGAGUUUCAUGGGACUCACGGUCAGAUUUCGAGGACUUUGACCGGGCAAUUGCCAUGUCACUUGCAGAAGGGAGAAGAAGACAUGGGUUUAGUGAUGAUUUCCUUCGGAAAGAAGAUGAACGUCUUGCAAAGGCUCUACAUGGAAGACUGAAACUAGAGCCUUCACCUUGGAACAGAAACAUGAACCGCAAUGCAAAUGUUCAUCAACCACCUAUGUCAAUCUCACAUUCAACAGGAUAUAGGAAAUGUGCUGGUUGCAAUAAUGUGAUUAGUCAUGGACAAUAUCUAAGAUGCAUGGGUGCUGUUUGGCAUCCCGAAUGUUUAAAAUGCCAUGCGUGUAACCUGCCAAUUUCUGAUAAUGAGUUUUUAUUGUCGGGAAAUUAUCCGUAUCACAAGUCUUGCUAUAGAGAAAACCAUCACCCACGAUGUGAUGUCUGCCGCCAAUUUAUUCGAACAGAUGCUGCUGGUUUUGUUGAAUAUAAGGUACAUCCUUUCUGGGCUCAGAAAUACUGCCCACGCCAUGAACGUGACGGGACUCCUAGGUGUUGUAGCUGUGAUCGUUUCGAGCCAAAGGAAAUACAAUAUGCUGCUCUUAAUGACGGUAGAAAACUAUGCCUGGAGUGUCUCGAUUCUGCAAUCAUGGGUACCUCAGAUUGUCAACCACUGUAUCACGAUAUACAACAGUUUUUCGCAAGUAUGAACAUGAAACUGGAACAAAAGAUCCCGUUACUUUUGGUUGAGAGGCAAGCACUUAACGAGGCCAUGGAUGGAGAAACAAAUGGUCAUUACCACAUGCCCGAGACCAGAGGACUCUGUCUGUCUGAGGAACAAGUUGUCAGCACAGUUUCAAGACAACCGAGAAUUGGGAUGGGAAAUCGGGUCCCAAACACGAGAAUAGAGCCGUAUCAGCUGACCCGUCACGCUGAGGUCACCGCUAUUCUCAUUUUAUACGGCCUCCCAAGGUUGCUUACUGGAUCAAUCUUAGCUCAUGAAAUGAUGCAUGCAUGGCUGCGACUUAAAGGGUACCCGACUCUUCGUCCAGAUGUUGAAGAAGGAAUAUGUCAAACGGUUGCUCAUAUGUGGUUAACAGCCGAGAUAGCAUUAUUAUCAAGGCAAGGGAGAAGAUCUCCAUUUGAGAAGAAGCUUGCAGACUUCUUUAAACAGCAAAUUGAAUCUGACAUGUCACCUGUGUACGGAAAUGGUUUCCGGGCUGGCAAUCGGGCUGUGCUUAAAUACGGGCUUCAGAAGACGUUGUACCAUAUACGAUCGACCGGGAGCUUUCCUAACUGAAUGACGUUUAUACGUUAUAUCUUUUGUUAUGCCGAAACUACAUUUGUUUGUUACUUGUAGAGUUGUGUCCAUAUUAUUACUAUAAACCAUUAGCGGUAUGUGUUACAUGUUUAUCGCAACAUAAACCUAUGUGAUUAAUAAAGGUCCUUUACAUUGUAAUGUAAGUCUUGACAUGCCUAAUA